AUGAGCCCCGACGAGGUGAGGCGCAUCACCAUGGCCCUUGAACAUCUCGGCCCAUACAUCGGCGUCACGAUGACGGCAAACGGCGCGACGACCACGCUGCCGCUGCCGACGAGUGACGCUGCUCACGAGCGUCGCACGCCUGCCAGGAUUGAAGCACGCACCGUGGACUGCGUCGCGGUGCGCGUGCAGGCAAUGGCGGAGGCGGUGGCUUUGUGCGACGAGACCGCAGAGAACGUGAAUGGCGAGCAGCACAUGGCGGUGGACCAGGAGAUCGCCAAGGAAGAUGCCGAAGGCUCUGAGGACGGCGAAGGAGAGUGCAAUGAGGGAAGCAUCGAGGAGAUUGUCGAGGAGAUGGAUGAGAAACGAGACGAGCAAGCUGACAAGUGCGGUGAUGUGGAGAUCACGGAGAGCAAGGCGAUCGUGGGCGAGGCGAUCGUCGGCGACGCUGCCGUUGACUGCGAAGACAGCGAAGAGGAGCGUGGUGGCAUAGAGACCGGGGACUCCAGGAAUGGCGAAGCGGCGGCCUUGGAAAAAGGGAAAUAUGAGAAAGCCGGAGGUGACGAGGGUGCUGGGACGGGGAAGGAGGAGAACGUUAAGAAGGAUGGUGGCGAGGAAGAGGAGGGUCAAGGAAAGAACGAGGCAUGGAGUAAGAAGGACGAGAGCGAGGAUGAAGACGAAGAGGCUGCCUAUGCUGAGGCGGCCCCAAUGGCAGCCGCCAACGGGGCUGAGUCAGCUGACAGCAAGGACAAGAAGGAAGAGGAAGAGGCUAACAACGAUGGAGAUGCAAGCAUGGCUCGGCAUGCAGAUUCCGAAGAUGCUGACCCUGAUCAUAAGGAGGAACCAGACGUCUGCAACAGGACAAAGCAGGCAACCACAGACAGCGGCAGCAAGGCGGCUGCCACGACGACUCCUACCUGA